GCUAGUUACAGCCAUCGAUUGGGUUGGCGGGAGGCCUUGAGAAGCCAUGCGCGGCAUGCUUUGUUUGAGUUUUCUGGGGAACGAUCUGCCGAAUGUUGGUCGACCAAAAGCUAUGUAUAUAUUCGUAGGGACGAUAGACUAUCCGUAGAGAGGGUUGAAUCGAGGUCGUUAGGAAGUCCAAGAUUGGGUCACACGGUUGGGGUUGAGUUGAAGGGGCGGCCGGCGCGCAGCGGCCACGGCGGCAAGAGCACACAUCACAGGGACCUGGCCGGAUAACUCGAAUGAUAGGCUGAACACGUGAAGAGCAUGAAAAACGGAGGCAGGGGAGUCCGAGGGGCUCGCAGUGAUCAUUCCCAAUCCAGCCAUCGAACCUGCCUUAUGUCAUGAGGUGUCUGACACGGGAUACGGGCAACCGCAGAGAAGACGUGACUCCUUCCAUACAUACCUUAAUUACGGCGUACCUACCUGCCUUUGCACUUACCUUAUUGUCAACCUGGAAGGUAUUCGUACUCAACCUGGAAGGUAUCCAUCCUCAACCUGCCUUGGACAACGCCACCAACUACUGUCUGACGACUUGGCAGGAACAGGAUGGACAAUCCAAUCGUGGAAGGAGUUUAGCAGUUCAAGAGAAGAAGAGUCAUGGAAAGAAGGCAAGUAACCAUGCCAAAAUGUUGGAAGGCAAAUUGGACGGCAUGAUGCCCAUCAAACCAGGGGCAAUUCGUGCUGUGCCCCCCUCGCGUGAUGAAAAGGCAUUGAUGAAUGAGGGACUGCAGAAGCACAUUUCAAGCCAACCGAGAUAUUGCGUCUGGGUGAAUGUGCCCAGGAAUGUUUUCAGCACACUUGUCGACACGGGUUGUGCGCAUUGUGAGUGGUGAAAUGUUUAGC